AUGCGCUGGCACUGGGAGGUUCUCGGGACAGAGCCAUGGGGUCCCUGCCACGCCGCGGUCCAGGCAGCGCUGCAGCCCAGCUACACCCGGGAGAGCAGCAACCCUCCGACGGCUGCCUUCAGGGCUGGACAAGACCCCCGUGGCCUGACCCACGAACCGACGGCGGUGGGUGCCGGAGCAAGCCAGGUAGGAGGAAUAAAACGCCCCGAGCAGCUGAACAGUGUCACCACCAGCCAGGGCGGACAUCGGAUUUACCUGCGGAUGGAAAAUCUUUGGAUCAAAACGGAUUCCUGUUGGCCAGUCAAAUUUGUGAAGCUGGUUGAUCCUCUGUUUUGGUAUCCUCUGCUCUGGCAGGGCCUGCCUCUCACUUAUUUAUAUCCCUGUAACUCCAGAGUCGCUCUCUGGAAAGCGGUGGAUCACGAGGUUCAAGGGGAGAAUCAGGCGAUAGUGUAUGAAGGCCAAGACAAGAACCCAGAAAUGUGCCGAGUUCUGCUCACGCAUGAAAUAAUGUGCAGCCGCUGUUGUGACAAGAAAAGCUGUGGCAACAGAAAUGAGACUCCAUCAGAUCCAGUGAUAAUUGACAGGUUCUUCUUGAAAUUUUUCCUCAAAUGUAACCAAAAUUGCCUAAAAAAUGCAGGAAACCCUCGAGACAUGCGUCGAUUCCAGGUUGUGGUGUCUACAACAGUCAAUGUUGAUGGCCAUGUGUUGGCAGUGUCGGACAAUAUGUUUGUACACAACAAUUCCAAGCAUGGGCGGAGAGCUCGAAGACUCGAUCCCUCGGAAGCUACACCAUGUAUCAAAGCCAUCAGUCCAAGUGAAGGAUGGACUACAGGAGGUGCCACUGUCAUCAUCAUAGGAGACAAUUUCUUUGAUGGGUUACAGGUCAUAUUCGGCACCAUGCUGGUUUGGAGUGAGCUGAUUACUCCACAUGCCAUCCGCGUACAGACGCCUCCCCGACAUAUCCCAGGGGUUGUAGAAGUCACAUUGUCCUACAAGUCUAAGCAGUUUUGCAAGGGAACGCCUGGAAGGUUCAUUUACACAGCUCUGAACGAACCCACCAUUGACUAUGGUUUCCAAAGGUUACAGAAGGUUAUCCCCCGGCACCCUGGUGACCCUGAACGCUUGCCAAAGGAAGUAAUACUGAAGAGGGCUGCUGACUUAGUAGAAGCACUCUAUGGUAUGCCACAUAAUAACCAGGAAAUAAUCCUGAAAAGAGCAGCAGACAUCGCAGAAGCACUCUACAGUGUCCCCCGCAAUCACAACCAGCUCCCCGCCCUUGCUAACACGUCGGUCCAUGCGGGAAUGAUGGGAGUGAAUUCCUUUAGUGGUCAACUAGCUGUCAAUGUAUCCGAAGCCUCACAAGCCACCAAUCAGGGUUUUACUCGCAACUCAAGCAGCGUGUCACCUCAUGGCUAUGUGCCAAGCACCACCCCUCAGCAGACAAAUUAUAACUCUGUCACAACAAGCAUGAAUGGCUAUGGGAAUGCUGGAAUGUCAAAUUUAGGUGGUUCUCCAACCUUCCUGAAUGGAUCUGCUGCCAAUUCUCCCUAUGCCAUUGUGCCAUCAAGUCCGACAAUGGCCUCCUCCACUAGCCUUCCCUCAAACUGUAGCAGUUCCUCUGGGAUUUUCUCCUUCUCACCAGCCAACAUGGUCUCAGCGGUGAAACAGAAGAGUGCUUUUGCGCCUGUUGUGAGACCACAAACUUCUCCUCCUCCCACCUGCACCAGCACCAAUGGCAAUAGCCUGCAAGCUAUAUCUGGCAUGAUUGUUCCCCCCAUGUGAAAGAAUUGCCUUGAAGAAUUUUAUUAAUGAAGAGGUUGAAUUCUGCUUCAGAGAGAAUCUGAUACAAGUCCCAGAGUGGAACUUUUUACUCAGGC